CAACAGAAGGACGUCUUUUUUCAACAAGCCUAACAAAACGUCAAAUUUAAAGCCUAUAAUUUGUGAUGUUAUGACAAAAAUUACCUUAAUUUUUAUCUGUGUUAAUAUAGUAUCAUCUCAACUUGUAAUCAACGUAAAAAACAAAGGUGGCGAUCUUAUACAAGAGACGUUAACUGGCGAACCGGACAAAAAUACGAUCAGUCUGGAAUUUCAGAAGUUGGAUGGAACUUACCUGAAAAUGCGAAUUGACUUCAAGUCGGAGGUGCAGAUCUUCAAGAUGACAGUACUGGGUGAAGAGGAGAGACUCGAUGACAAACAGCAUCAGUCAAUGUGCUUCGUCUUCAAAUUCCUCAAGUCUGAGUUCAUUACCGCUGAUGCCAUGUCCAAACUUCGCCAGAAAAAUCCUGGCACGAUCAGGAAUCCCGAAGAAGACAAAGGUCAAGAGAGACUUAUCAUGACCCUCGGGGUAAACCUUGACCUUGCCAAGAGUAUCAGCCCGUACGUAUUCAACAUGUGUUCCAAGGCGGAGACGUUAAUCUUUAGCAGGGAGUCGGAUCUCAAGGCGUGGUCUGCUGGCAACAACCAGACCUACACGUCGCUGCUUGGAGCUGCCCACCAAUUCCCAAUGGCCACCACACCUCGCUGUGAUACCGUGAAAGAAACCGACCAGCCAUGUGUCUGUCGGUUACCAAUCUGUAUUGGUUGGUACCCCUGUGGGCUGAAGUACUGUCGUGGGAGAGACUCGGCCGGGAAGACUGUUAGCUAUCGCUGCGGAAUAAAAACUUGCAAGAAAUGUCGCGUCUUUGAUUAUUAUGUCGAGCAGAAAUUGAACUGCAUGUGGGAAUCGGUGUAUAAAGACUGAAGAUAAAACUCCUGGAUAAAAUCUGCUACGCUUGCAAUUGUGCUAGGCAAAAGCUUAGCAGACAUCGGCUACCAGCUAAAAAGACACAUUGUGCAUAUAUUGCUCGACAGUGGUUCCCUGCUUAGGAACAUCGCUAAGCAAAAUCGAUUGGAUCUCAAACAGCUUCUGCUUUUGAGAUAGCCAUGAAUUUACAUCUUAUUGGAUGACAUUAUUUAAGGUUAAGUAAAUUGAUUAAGUUUUCACUUAUUUUUGUAUGACACUUCUAAGCUCUACAAAGCCAGCAAAUUCUAAGUCUAGUUCUUUUCUUAUUGACAAAGUAAAAAUGCAAAGGCAUUCCUCCUCUUUCUGAAAAAAAUCUAUACGGCCAAGUCUUCAAUAAUAAAGAAGCUUUGGUGGUCAAUGAAACACUAUUAAUGAUGAUUA